UGACGAUGAGACGGGCAGGAGGAGGAGAGGAAGGCAGUCCUGAAUGAAUCCACGUUCAUCCAUACAGAGAGCCGACCGGACGCACAGCAGAGCGAUUUUGAGCAUGAUAACAUCACUUUUCCAAAAUGGAUUGGUUGCAUCCUUCAAGUCUCCCUCGAUCUUCAUCUUCCCUCCAAACUAUCCACCCGUGAGACAUCCAUGUAGAUAAAAACAGUAAUGAUAGUGUACAUAUAAAAAAAUAUACUUGAAACUUGAGACUACAUGUCAGAGUCUUUAAGGCAAUAAGGGCAGCAGUAUAGGUAUGAUGCUGAUGAACUGGUUGGUUUGUUAAUAGAAAGCGUCCUGGGGAUGGAGAAUGGACCUAGUUGGUCCUUAGCAUCUGUGCUCUCGUCUGUGUUGUUGCCAGGAGAUUCAGUUUGUGGUGUUUUGGCAGCUGAUAAAAAAGCGUGGGAGAUUAGCACCAUCCCGUAAUAUCACGUCCAGUUCUUUUUAAAAGAUAUCGUGCAAUUUGAAUGAUGGGGAGAAGGCAAAUAUUUGCUGACCUUGCUGUCUUUAUCGCUCUCACCAGUCUGGGUAAGAGGAGGCUGGCUCACAGUGAAUAUUUAAGUCUGUACAUGAAGAAUUACAUAUGCCUCCUUAAAUUAGUACAUUCAUAUUUUUGCAGCUGCCUUCUUGAAGUCAGUUGUGUAGCUGCAGUGGGUAAAUAACCCUAAAUAUGGAUAAAAGGAUAAGCAUGGAUUGAGUGUGUGUGAAUGUCACCAAUGUUGUGGCAAAAAAUGUGGAAAAACUGAGGUUAGUCUCCCAAACAACCACACAUUUCCUGACUCCCUCAGCUGCUUAAACAAAACAAAUUAAGUCAAAUACUUUAUGUACAGAAUAAUAUAUAAUGACAGUGUUAAUGCUACAUGAGUUGCUGGAAGGAAAUAAUAUAUACAUUUUUUAUAUUUAUAUAUUUUUUUCCUCCUCAGUUGGGUUUAUUGCUACUUGUAUAGAGUCACACCUCUGUCUGGAAUCUGAUCCUGCUUGUUUGAGAACAUAGUAUUAAGAGAGGUGGUGGGUCACUCAGUCACUCAGUCACUCAGUCAGUCAACUAAUACACAAUGAGCCUGAACGUACCGGGACUGGUGGUGAUGGUGCUUUUCUACCUGAUGGUGCUGGGCACCGGCAUCUGGGCCUCCAUGAAGUCCAAGCGGCUGCAGAAGGACAGCCAGGCAGACCGGACAGAGGUUACUCUGCUGGGAAACCGAGGGAUCAGUCUGGUGGUGGGAGUCUUCACCAUGACAGCUACAUUUGUUGGAGGAGGCUUCAUCGUUGGUCUGACAGAGGCAGUGUACACUCCAACCAUGGGACUGACCUGGGCUGUAAUGCCAGUGACAGCAGCCCUGUCUUUCAUUGUUGGUGGACUUUUCUUCGCCAAGAAGAUGAGAGAUAGGAAAUAUGUGACAAUGAUGGACCCGUUCCAGAUCAAGUAUGGAAACUUAAUAAGUGGAUUUCUGUCUGUGGCACUGCUGAUAUCUGACAUAAUCUGGGUGACAGGAACUCUCAUCGGCUUAGGUGCAACUAUGAGUGUGAUCCUAGAUUUGCCAUAUGCUCUUUGCAUUUGGAUCUCUGCAGCAGUAGCCAUCAUCUACACACUGCUGGGAGGCCUCUACUCUGUCGCCUACACAGACAUCAUACAGCUGACUCUCAUAUUCUUCAGUUUGUGGCUCUCUGUCCCCUUCAUUCUGACAAACCCAUAUUCAGUUGACAUCACCAAGACUGCUUUCAACUUUACCUACCAGGCACCCUGGAUCGGUACAGUGGAAAAAGAAAGAGCAUUCAGGUGGAUUGAUAAUUUCUUAAUAUUGUGUUUAGGGAACCUGGGAUAUCAGGACUUCCACCAGAGGACGCUGUCAGCUUCCUCAUCAGCCACAGCCAGGAUCACCUGCUUUAUUGCAGCUCCCCUCAUCUUCAUACUUGGAAUCCCUUCUGUGUUGGUUGGAGCAGUCGCAGCAUCAACAGACUGGAACAUGACCUCAUAUGGCUCCCUGUCACCAUAUGAGCGAGGAGAGGCUGGCCAGAUUCUGCCCAUUGCUCUGCAGCACCUCACCCCAAACUACAUCUCCAUUAUUGGUAUUGGAGCUAUAGCUGCGGCCGUGAUGUCAUCAACAGACUCAGCUUUGUUGUCAGCUGCCUCCAUCUUCACAUCCAACAUCUACAAGAACAUCCUGAGGACCAAGGCAUCAGAAAGGGAGCUCCAGUGGGUGAUCCGUGUCACUGUAGUGUUGGUGGGCUUGGCUGGCACAUCACUCACCUUCCUACACAACAGCAUCAUGGUUUUCUGGAUCCUGGGCUCAGGCAUAACCUACACCAUCAUGUUCCCUCAACUCGUCUGUGUUCUCUUCUUUGACAUCUCCAAUGGCUACGGCUCCAUCAUGGGCUUGCUAAUUGGGGUAUUAUUGAGAGUGCUGAGCGGUGAGCCUUCGAUAGGGUUGCCAGUUGUUCUCCACUUCCCAGGUUGCACUCUAGAGGAUGGUGUGUAUGUCCAGCGCUCUCCUAUUAUGACUAUCUGCAUGUUGUCCUCCAUCUUUGCCACUUUGUUUUUCUCCUACUUGGCUUCACUGCUCUUCAACAGAGGGCUGAUUCCUGAGAGGUGGGACGUAUUCAAAGUGAAAACCCACAAACCACCACAAAAACUAAUAUUAACAAGCAGUGGCACAACCAAACCAGACGAGGAGGAGAAACCUGAAGUUCAGAAUGAGACUGAAUUAAUGUUGACCACAAAUCAGCAGGACUGAGAGAGAAAUGAUUUAAAGCAACACAGAUAUGUUUUGGGUUUUUUUUGCCAUUAUUAUUUGUUUCUAUUUUUAUACCAAAUACUUAAUCUUUGUUAAAUAAUAAUCUUGGCCGCAGGAUGGUGUAAGAAUUCAUCACUUGCAACAAGUGCAUGUGUUAGUAAGUUGUAAUAAUUAUAUUUGUGUAAUUUCUUUAAUAAUAUUUUUGGGGGGUUUGAUUAACUGUUGACUUUUGUUACUGGUAAAUUACAAUAAUGCAAUUUUAUGCUUAACUAUCAAAAUAUCUGUAAAAGCUGGGCAGUACAUGAAUGAAAUGUGAAAAUGUGUAUAAAUAUCCAAGAUGAAUGAACGAGUGGAAUCUAAAGACAUACACCUCCCUCCCUUCUGUAGUGACACAUUCACUUCACAAAUCAUGGCCAUGUUUCUGUCCCUUACAGUUGCUACAGUUACUGUUUUUAAUAAUAAAAAGAACCAUUCCUAUGCCGGUUAAAUAA